GAGCAUCGAUGUGGAAAUAAGAAACCAAUGCUUGUGGUCUCUCUACUCCAUUUUCUUCACUCCAGCUAGCUGCUAUCAGCCUAUAACCAUUAAUUACCACUAUUUUAGGUCAUAUAUAACACGGGAAAACCUGCCUUACAAUGUCAGUCUACUCUAUAAUGGGUAAGAGAAUUGUUAAGUUGAACGAGAUUGCCCAACAUGGAAAUAUUGAAGCCUUUUAUAGUCUAAUAAUUCGGGAGGAUGUAAGAAUUUUGGAGGACAUUGAUGAGCUACCAUUUGUUGAUACUCCUUUACACAUAGCUGCAUCUGCUGGGAGCCCAGAACACGUCCAAUUUGCUAUGGAGAUGAUGAGAUUAAAGCCCUCAUUUGCCAGGAAGCUAAAUCUAAAAGGGUAUAGCCCCAUUCACCUUGCUCUACAAGAAGGGCAUACCCAGAUGGCGUAUCGGCUUCUACAGGUAGAUGGAGACCUUGUCCGUGUAAAAGGAAAGGAGGGUAGAACUCCUUUGCAUGUUGCUGCAGCAGCAGCAACAGCGCAGCAACUUGAUUUAUUAUUCAAAUUUCUGUCAUACUGUCCCAAUUCUAUUGAAGAUGUGACGAUUCAAAACCAAACCGCUCUGCAUAUUGCCCUGGAAAACAACAACUUGGGUGCUUUUAAACUCUUAGUAGGAUGGCUCCGAGAAAAUAAGUCUGAAAAUGCCAUACUGAACUGGCAGGAUGAGAAUGGCAACACUAUUUUGCACGUGGCAGUAUACAAUAACGAAACCCAGGCUGUGCGUCACUUAUUAGCUUGGGGUGGGACAUCUUUCAAUGUAAACGAGAAGAAUUUAGAGGAUAAAACAGCGUUGGACAUCUUGGAAGGACAGUUUACACAAGGAGUAGACAACAGAGAGAUGAGGGUUAUACUAGACGGUGCUGGAGCUUUAACAGCUUCAUCUCUUCUUACAGUUACUUCUCCUCAUGCACAUUACCUAAGUGAAGUCGCUACUCCUGAGACAGUAGUCAAAGAACCACUAUCAGACGAAAAGCGCAAUGCGUAUCUAGUGGUGGCUGCACUGCUUAUAACAGUGACCUAUCAAGCCAUACUCAGUCCACCUGGGGGACUUUGGCAAGACAAUGAUCUGUCCAAACCCAAUACCACUACAGCUGCACUCAGCCCUCCUAGUCCUGCAGGGAGACUUUUUAAUGAGUCCAAUUCCAAUAUCACCGCACCACCUAGAGCAGGGUCAGCCAUUGCUAACACAGAAUCAUCAUUCGCUUUUAAGCUGUUCUUGAUUUCUAAUUCUGCUAUAUUUUUGUCCGCAAUCGCAGCAACUUUUUUCCUCGUUGCACCAGUCGGACGCGGUGGUGCGAUUUUAGCCACAGUCUCUGUCUCCCUCUAUUACUGCUAUUUUGAUUCAUUGCUACUCAUAACCCAUGUUUCAGACAGGUCCGUUAAGAUUGUUUUUGUUUCACCAGCUAUUUUGACUAUUAUCUACUAUGUACAAGUCGCUUUAAAAUAUGCACUUAAAAGGAUACGUUAUUUGCGGAAUCUUAGAAGGAACUAAAAAAUAUAUAUAACCGAGCUUGGAGCUGAUGCAUCUAGAAUGUGUCAAUUUGUAUUUUUAUUUACUAAUAAAUUUCGAGAAUAAAAUUUAGCUUAUAUAGGGAUGGUUGGAAGUACCCAACGUCACCUAUGAAUGUAAUGUAUGCAUGUAUAAUAUUAU